AUCGGAGAGUCCCAAUAUAACCUUGUAUGUUAUGGUAGGAUAGAAAUAGGGGAAAAUAAAUCUACCCCAAAAACCUAUCUUUACCCUCUUUUGAUUUUCUGACUAAACAUGUCUGAGGUGCCAACAACACCAAAUACAGGAAAGGAGGCUUCUUGCGCUAUUAGUCCAUCUCCACAACAACACCAACUGCUCACUAAUGGCUCUUCUUCUUCUUCAUCCCUCACCUCUACUUCAAAGGUCUACCCUCCACCCUCCGCCGAGUUUGGGGAUGUUGUUCAAAGCUCUGACCUUUUCUGGCACAAGCUCAAGGAGUUUCACGCUUCCCUAGGAACCAAAUUUAUGAUUCCUACCGUUGGAGGAAAAACUCUGGAUCUGCAUCUCCUUUUCGUAGAAGUCACAUCUCGUGGUGGCAUUGAAAAGGUGAUUAGAGAUCGCCAAUGGAAAGAAGUGAUUGUGGCCUUCAAUUUCCCAUCAACUAUCACCAGCGCAUCAUUUGUCUUACGGAAGUACUACUUGUCUUUGCUCUAUGACUUUGAGCAGGUCUAUUAUUUCCGUAAAGAAGUUCUUAGAAUCCCAGUGCAUGAUCCGGAAGGCAAGAACCUUGACAAUGGGUCAGCACGGAAGCUAAGUACCAUCCGGUUUCAAGGUCAGGCCACCCAGAUAGUAAUGCAACCAGGCGGUUCCAUUACGGGAACCAUUGACAGAAAAUGUGAAGAGGGAUAUGUCAUUACUGUCCACUUGGGUUCUGAAGUUCUGACUGGUGUCUUGUACCAUCAUCCUGUGGCUGUGUCUCAGAAUUUUUCUGAGAUGCCUACUCAACGGCACCGAAAGAGAUCCAGGUUGGCAACACGUGAUCCCUCUCGGCCCAAGUCCAACAGGAGUGGCUAUAAUUUCUUCUUUGCUGAGCACUAUGCUAGCUUAAAGCCUUUGUACUAUGGCCAAGAGAGAGCCAUCAGCAAGCAAAUUGGGUAUCUAUGGAACAACCUUACAGAGGAUGAGAAACAGGUUUAUCAGGAAAAGGGGUUGCAGGACAAGGAGCGAUACAAGACCGAAAUGAUGGAAUAUAGAGCACAGCAGUAAUAGGCUUUAUUUUAGGUAGACACAUGUUUCCUUUUGUAUGUUCUUGUUGUUGUAGCAUUAGGUGGUGUUGUUCCCGUGGUUUCAAGUUCAGUUCUCUUUGCAAAGGCUAUCCACCCCAGUCCCAUUGUGCCCCUUUGCAAAAAUUGUGGAAGGGGUGAAAAUCGUAGCUUUGCGACAUAACAGUUGAAUUUGUCUAUCAUUUGGGAUUUCAGGUAACUUUAUUGUAGUAAUCGGCUGGUAGCUAGUUGUAGUACACAGAAUCAAAGUUUGUUAUUGUACCGAAGCCAAAUUGCAUUU